GUUCGCGAUGCUCUGAAGAGCAUUCCUUGUACAAUUUGGUGGCUGGUCAGGUAUUAUCUGGGAUUAGCCAGCAAUAUGUGGUGGGCAGUGCUGUGUGGUUGCUGGCUGCUAAGCGCCAGGAAUGAGUGGAGCAGCGAAGCUCUUUAUGACAUCGCGCCCUAUCUUCAUGCGGCCGCGUGGAUUCUUCCAAUAUUUUUCACAGGAGGAAGUCUAUUGUCGCGUAACGUGGUGGCAGACGAAUUAACCGGAUUGUGCCAGAUCUCAGACGAGUCAGCACUGUGGUUAGAAGUGUUGCCGCACGCGAUGCUGCUAUUAUUGGGCUGCGUGUUUGGUAGCGUUGCUGGAAGCGCGUUGGUACGCGUACGGAGGGCCGUGCGCUGCGCUGGACGCAGCGCAAUGAAAUUGGAACGCCUGAUGACGCGGCUAGGUAUCUUCGCGCUAUUGUACGCGCUGCCAGCACUGGGUGGUCUUGUCUGUGUGCUGCAGGAGGCCUCGGUAAGGCCGCGAUGGCGAAAAUUGGCAUUGUUGGCCGCAUUGGACUGUCGCGCGACGCAGAAUUGCACCCCAGGCCCGGUAUACCGAGCUGCCGGUCUCGAAGUUGCCCUUCUGAGACUUUUUCUGUCCCUCGUAAUCGGCGUCACCUCCGGCAUGUGGGUAUGGUCCGGCAAGACUUGCCGUGCUUGGAGCAGACUACUCGUUGCACCCAACAAAUCCGCCAGGAUACAAAACCCUUUUCAAGGUUUCAAGCAAGAUGACAAUAUCGCUUGA